AUGUCAAACAAGUUAAUAUCUUUAUUAUUACUCAGUGUAUUGUUAUUAGUAUCUGUGUUGGCUGAAGCAGACCGUUCUCCUGCUCCAACUAUCGCUCCAGAACCCGAGCACGCCUACUACACAGUUAAUAUUGCCGCUGGGGAAAAAGGAGAUGUCUACCAUUUGUCCAAGGUUAACAACCCAGGUCAAGUGUUGAGCGCAUCGUCUUUGGACCUGCCACACACUGCAAACUUGUCCGACAUCCACAGCCACUCCGCUUCGUACGUUCUCCGAGGUUCCAUUUCGACCGAGUCAAAUGACAGGUUCAAGGUGGCCAACUUCUACAAGGUGGCUCGUUAUCCAAACUCAUACAACCCAAGUGACCCAGAGGAGGAGCGCACUGGUAACUUCUACCAUGUCCAAGGCGCAGGCUUCGGUCCAUGCAAGUCACUCAACUGCUCGGUGGCCCUGAACGAGCUCAACUCUGACAAGAGGAUCAUGCUAAAGAACAUCACAUCGCCAUACACCGGUCUGCUCAUCGAUAGGAUCUGGAUCGAUUUUAUCCUCUUUGAGCUAGAGAAGGGAAGCAAGGCAUUGGUUCAGGCAACAGUCAAUGACAAGAAUGAGGCCGCAAUCACUGGUUUGUUCAUCAAUCUGCCUGAUCCUACUCGUGGCUGUCCCAAGUACAAGAUGGCCGCCUGUCCCGCUGGCCAGAAGAGGUGGUACAGCAGAUCCCCCAAUAGAUGUCUUGUGCCCAAGGAGUGCAUUCCACAAGCACCAUGUCCACUCUACGUGCCACACUGUCCCGAGGGCUACACGCUCACUUCGUACCCAGGCAAGAACUCCUGUCCCAAGUACUGGUGUGACCCAUCGUUCGUCACACGAAUCGGCACCAGCUAUUAG